AUGCUUCUCAAGCACAACGCAUCCUUGUGCCAAAACGACGCGUCUGGCUCGUAUCUUGGUUUUUUACCUGAUGAAGUAUUCUCUACUGGAGACUUGAUGACAGUUGAAAGUGCUAGACGCACUUUCUGUGCAAACUUGUGUACUCUGGUUGGCAUACGAACGGAAAAAAAAGCGUUUCUGCGUUGUAAUAAUAUCUACCUGAGCCUUGUGAUCAGCGACAAUCCCUGCAGUAUCUGA